AUGGGCCCCAAAAGUAAGGACUGGUUGAAACGCCGGAAACGCUGCGACGAAGGAAAGCCGUAUUGCAUGAGAUGUUUGAAUGACAAGUUUCAUUGUGACGGAUACGAACCUCCAAAGACCUGGCUGUUUGAGCCAUCUCAAAAGGAUAAAGUCGACACUUCAAAACGAGAAUCAAGCUCGCUGCAGGCAUUUCAGUCUCACCAAGAGUGCCACAGGUCCUCUGUAAUCGCAAGAAAUAACAAUCAGACUCUUUCCAAUCCCACCAGGAUCCUCGCCGAACCUUCGACCCCGUGGAUGGUAGACGCGGACCACAAUUACACCCAUUUGUUCCUCCGUAAAACCGCGCCUCUUCUCUCUUCCACCAGAAAAUGGCGUCAUUUCUGGCAAUCCAUCGUCCCACAAGUUGCCUGGGCGAACCCAUCGGUCCAUCAUGCAAUGAUAGCGGUCGCGGCGACUUUUGACUCUUAUAUUUCGGGGAUUGAUCACACUGUCCUGAUAUUGGAGCGGAGAUCCCAAGCUGUUCGUGCAUUUACAACCCAGCCUCCUUCAUGGGAUGUCGCGCUGAUCGUCUGCCGACUGUUCUCCGCAAUGGCUCAGUGCAACGAGGAUUUCACGGCCGCCAUGGCGCACAUGAAGAGCGGGGAGAAUAUUCUCAGAGAAGCGACCCGAAAUGAACAUACACGGUCCGAAAUUGCUCGGCUGAUGGCUGCGACCUUUUUUGGCCUAUCAGCCGACACAAACAAUGAUAUUAGUGUUAUGGAUCGAUUCCCUCCGAGCAAGCGCCGAGCCUUUCUUGAGCUGAAGGUUAUAGGCGCUGACUAUGCAAGGCUCAUACGCCGAAUAGCACAAUUGCGCCUUCAAGACGUCGCCACGCCGACGAUGGGUUUCCUCUCAGUUGCCUUUACCACGAUGAACCAAGCCAUCAGCUCUGCCAUGUACCCAGACCUCCUGGUAUUUUCUGAAGACGACGGGGUCGUGCCUGCAGCCGAGGUCCGCACCAAGCUAGUACGAGAAGAUUCUUUGAUGACCAUGGACGAGCUAAUCAUCAUGUAUCCUUGUCUAUGCUAUGAGCUAGAACACUACCUGGAUGGCAUAGCCACGGGCUCGGGCACUCCAAUGGCGUCAUCUCUCAAUGAUCUCAAGCAGCGGCUCAGAGUCCUCGUGGACAACUACGUCGUGCAGGCGUCAGAUAUCGAGCCGCGCAUGACGGCCGGCACAUUUUGGCUCGACGACCGGGGGGUUCCGGGGUGCUUGAUGCACAAGCACCUCGACCGACCGCAGACCGGCGUUAGUCCGUGUCUGGGGCAAGGGGGGGCGGGCGCCGGUUUUGAGGAUCAAGACCCCGUUUUGCGUGAGAGGAGAGGGUACUACCACGAACACGUCUGUCAGUAUCGGAGUGGUUUCAUGUGUUGA